UUUGCAUUCUACAAUCAACUGGACAGCCGACCAACCCAGCAAAAUGAAACUCUUGCUGAUCUGCGCCUUUGUCGCCGCCGUGGCCGCCACCGCACCUAGCAACAACUACCUGCCCCCCACAUACGGUGCCGCAUCGGCUCCAGUUGCUUCCUACGCCGCGGAGGCAUCGGCUCCAGUUGAGUCCUACUCUGCACCAGCUGAGUCAUACUCUGCACCAGCCCAGGCCACCUACACCGCUGCCGCUUCUGCUCCAGCUGUGUCUUACUCAGCUCCAGCUCAGUCUUACUCUGCUCCCGCUCAGGCUACCUACACCGCUGCUGCCUCCGCACCAGCUGUGUCGUACUCGGCUCCCGCUCAGUCCUACUCUGCUCCCGCUCAGGCCAGCUACUCCGUUGCUGCUUCGGCCCCAGCUGCAUCCUACUCCGCUCCUGCUGAGUACGAGACCGCUGCUUCCGAGCCCGCACACACCUUCUCGGCCACCGAUGGAUACCGCUACAAGACCCAGCGUCGUCGCGUCAUCCGUCGCCACCGUCGUGAUGUGAGCCAUCUGCCAUCCAACGAUUACCUGCCCCCCUUCCAGGGAGCCGCUUCCGCACCAACCUCUGAGUACCUGCCCCCAGCAGCAUCUGCACCAGCUCCAGUCUACCAGGCCGCUCCAUCCUACAGCGCUGCCGCAUCUGCUCCAGCUGUGUCCUACUCUGCCCCAGCUCAGUCCUACUCUGCACCCGCUGCUUCCUACUCUGCCCCAGCUGCAUCCUACUCUGCCCCCGCUGAGUACGACACCGCUGCUUCUGAGCCAGCACACAGCUUCUCGGCCACCGAUGGAUACCGCUACAAGACCCAGCGUCGUCGCGUCCUCCGUCGCCACCGUCGUGAUGUGAGCCAUCUGCCAUCCAACGACUACCUGCCCCCAGCAGCCUCUGCCCCAGCUCCAGUCUACCAGGCCGCUCCAUCCUACACCGCUGCCGCCUCCGCCCCAGCUGUCUCCUACUCUGCCCCAGCUCAGUCCUACUCUGCUCCCGCUGAGGCCAGCUACUCCGUUGCCGCCUCCGCCCCAGCUGUGUCCUACUCUGCCCCAGCUCAGGCCACCUACACCGCUGCUGCCUCCGCACCAGCUGUCUCCUACUCUGCUCCAGCUCAGUCGUACUCCGCCCCAGCUCAGUCCUACUCUGCCCCCGCUGAGUACGACACCGCUGCCUCUGAGCCAGCACACAGCUACUCGGCCACCGAUGGAUACCGCUACAAGACCCAGCGUCGUCGCGUCCUCCGCCGCCACAGAUAUUAAACGGUUUAGCAGUUGAGGCUCCCCCAACAAGCCCAGCC